UUGGUAGUAAUAUAUUAUUGAUACAGAGAAUUGCCUGCUGUUGAAGCGUAAAACCAUGUAAUAAGAAUACCAAUCUUGGAAAUGGAAACUUGUGCUAAAUAUCGCAGAUCCACUUGUACGGGCGCAUGUUAGCCCCACCCACUAACCCUAGUCUACGCAGAAACUCCACUUCCCAUUCUUUUACCUGAGUUGUUGGAUAAUUGGGUUGUGGUGGCUGUGUGUGUGUUAUAAAGUUCUGAGUUGGAAGUUUCGACCUGUUGUAACAACAGAGAAGAAAGAGAGAUAUGAAGAGAUAGAGUUAUAAAAAUACUGCUUCUGUUCAGUAUUCUCAUCAUUAUUGUUUUUUACUUCGCCUUUGACCACCUGAGUAAAGAAAAAGUGAAAAGCCAUAGUCUAUUUCAGGGUGUGGAAGCUUUUCUUGUUUUCUUGGAGAAGUGAAAGUCCUUGCAUUUUUCAUUUUGAACUGUCGCCUUUUACUUUCUUUUUGUUGGUCUUUUUGGAAAGAGAUUGAGAGUUGGAAGAAAGAAAGAAAGGAAGAAUUUAAAGAGAUCAAAAGCAGUAGCAAUGAUGAUGGCGUUUGGAAGUCCGUGUAGCAGUAUUCAUACAAGCAGUAGUUACAAUGCUUUACUCAAGGAACUUCAGAAAAUAUGGACUGAAAUUGGUGAGUCUGAAGCUGAUAAAGACCGCAUGCUGUUGGAGCUUGAGCGAGAGUGCUUAGAAAUUUACAGAAGAAAGGUUGAUGAGGCUGCCACUGCCAAGGUUCAUCUUCAUCAAUCUGUUGCUGCCAAGGAAGCUGAGCUUGCAAUGCUCAUGGCUACUCUUGGAGAGAUCCAUGUUAAUUCACCGAUCCAGUCAGAGAGGAAAGCAAGAUCUUUGAAAGAUCAGUUGUCUUCCGUCACCACACUUGUAGAGGACUUGACACUUAAGAAACAGGAAUUGGUGAAACAAUUUUCAGAUAUAAAGGCUCAGAUUGAGAAGAUCACUGGUGAGAUUUCAGGACAUGGCCAUUUUGUCAGUGAUCUAAAUGCCUUGACUCUCGAGGAACAAGAUUUAUCACAAAGAAAGCUUACAGAGUACCAGACAAAACUUCACGCUCUUCAAAAGGAGAAGGUAUGCAUUUAGUUGAUUUACAAUUUA